AUGUUCGGGCUAUCAUAUUGGUUCCUGCCACUGUUUGCAGGAUGCUGUUGGCUAGGCACUCUCCUUGCCAUGCUGGGCACAUGGCUGGCUCAAGGAUCACCACACUACGCCUGGCAAGACGCCGACCAAAGCAUCACCUACAUCAGUGACAUUGGCGCGUCCAACUUCGGCUACCCUCUCUUCAUCGCGGGCAGCGCUGUGACAGUCGUAGUUUUCGACAUCGCAUUCAUCUCCGAACGAUGGCUCCGACACAAGGGACGAUUGGCCCACAAUUACAACAAGACCGAGAAGAUCCUCAGCGUUUUCGCCAUCGUAUUCGCGAUCAUUGGAGCAGCUGGACUCGUCUUUCUCACGAUCUUCAACACGAAGAAGUACCCACAGGUACAUGAUGCUAUGCUUGUGGUGUUCAUUGCCGGCUACAUCAUCUCUGCCAUCUUCAUUUGCGCCGAAUACCAGCGACUGGGAAUUCAUUUCCGCCAGCACCGCAUCCUGCGCAUAAGUUUCUGGAUCAAGCUUACCUUCAUUUUCAUCGAACUGGCCCUUGCGAUCGCAUUCGGCGUCUUGCAAUACCAGCAGCACUACAACAAAUCUGCUAUCCUGGAGUGGAUCAUCUCUCUUAUCUACAUCUGCUACGUUUGGAGUUUCAUCAUCGACUUCCUACCAGCCGUGCAUACCAAGCACAAGGAGGACCGCUUCCUGCCUCCUCACCGUCGCGAAGACGACGAGAUGGCCAUGAACACGCAAGCAGCCGGCAACAUGACCGGUGGUCCUGUAUAUAGCAAUGGUGGAUACCAGCGCGGCGAGACGGACAGCUAUGGCAGUCAGCAACCCGUGGCCCAGCGAGGAUUGUACAACCCACCUCAAAGCGGCGUUGUAGCUCCCUCGAGGAACUUUUAG